CGUUCGACUCUUGUACACCGCGAUUCCGAUUCGUUACGUUUCGUUUUACGUUUUUUUUUUUUUUAAACUUUAACAAUCAGAUGUUAUUAAUGUAACUAUUAUUUUUUGACGACCGGAAAACGCGGUAAACAGUACUUAUUACAUUUCAUUUACGAACCGACGAUAUCCAUCAUUAUCCGUAAUAUAAUAUAUGCGCUGCAGAAGAUUUAGCGCGUUUGUUGUAAACAACAUACAGCUGAAUAAUACGGCAGUCAUAGUCAUAUUAUACUUACCUACCUAAUAUAAAAGAAAAUAUCAGAAUCUUUCAUCCGAACAAUCAUCACCAUCGUCUUCGACCGAACGACGGAAGCAGAGUAGAUUGUCGAGUAUCGACCGGUCUUGUUCGUUGUGUGGUUUUCUUUUUUUGUUCGUCAACGUUCGAAGGCAUGUUUCCAGCUCUCGGCGCUGACCAGAAGACAUGUAUGCCAAUUGCCAAGUCAAAUUACAAUCUGUACAGUUGACUGACGGGUCCGUUACAAUAUUUGAAGAGCAGCCAUUGCAUACAGGCAUUAUAGGAUUUUGUAUGAAAAGUUUAAAAUACUAACAAAAUACACACGAGCGAGAAGAGCGAUAAGAGAAACGUAUAACUGUUACACGACCGAACAGGACGAAGUGCAACAGAUAUUUGAAUAUAUACUUUAUACUAAAAGGUUUUAAAAUUCUCAGCGAACAAGAUACUGUAGUUGAAAAUCGAAGCAUUAUUUCGACCAUUUAUCGUGUACACAGACACAAAUAAUAAUAAUAAAAAAAACACAUCAUUAGGUAUACUAUAAUCGAUAUAUUCAUCGCCCCGAUCAGAAUCUAAAAUAUAUAGAUAGAGAAAUUGUGAUAAAAUAUGCAAAGUAUUAUAUUCGAUUAUGCAGUAUUUCUACUGCUGAUUGCAUUGUCAUUCGCAGUAUUAAUUUAUAGUAAAAUAACCGGCCCCAAAGAACAGACGAAAGCGAACUAUGUGUUCGCGUCGAAAGGGUCGGUUUCGAUGGGAGCGAUGCUUCUAUCCAUUACACGUGGAUUUCUGGGUGUCAAAGUCUUCCUUGGGUAUCCGUCCGAAUUUUACUAUAGAGGAAGUGGAAUGUGGGAAACCCUGUACGGAAUGUCCCUAGCAUUUCCUUUGGUUUUAUAUUUUUUCCUACCGGUAUAUUUCAAUCUCGGAAUUACUUCAGUUUAUCAGUACUUAGAUAUGCGAUUCAAAUCAAGACUUGUGAGGAGGCUGGCGUCUGCUACAUAUUUUAUUAGAAGUAUACAGAACCUUGGCGUAACAGUUUUCACACCAUGCGUCGCCUUAAAAACUGUGAUGGGUUUGCCUUAUUGGUUUUCAAUAAUCUUAAUUACAUCGAUUUCCAUUGUUUUCACAGUAUUGGGAGGUCUGAGAUCAGCUAUCCUUGCAGACGCCGUACAGAGUUUAGUGAUGAUCGGUUGCAGCAUAGUGAUCAUUAUUCACGGAUUCUUUAUAGCUAAAGGUCCACUAAAUGUAUUCGAAGUGACCAAGGAACGGGACAGGCUGGACUUUUUCAAUUUCAACAUAGACCCCACGCUUCGUGUAUCGACGGUGUCCGCCACUCUUGGUCAGCUGUUCAUGACGCUUUCGAUGUUCGGAUGCCAACAAAAUAUCGUUCAACGCUAUUUUAGUAUGGAAUCUCAGAAACAAGUUGAAAAGGCUUUGUGGCUGACCAUACCGUUGACGAUAUUCCUCUUCAGUCUUUCGUGGAUUGUCGGUAUGGUAAUAUUCACGGUGUACGCUGAUUGCGAUCCUCGAGCACUUGGGUACAUAUCGGAGAUCGACGAGAUCAUACCUUUUUACAUUGAAGACAGAUUUUACUUUUUGCCGGGUUUCAUGGGACUCGUAUUGGCCAGCUUAUUCAACAGUGGACUCAGUAUAGUGUCCAACUUAAAUUCAAUCUCUACUGUUGCUUGGGAAGAUUUUGUCUCUCAAAUACCAAUAUUCAAAGGGGCAAGUGAAAAGAAGCAAUUAUGGUGCAUUAAAAGCAUAGGUGUAAUUACUGGUUUUAUAGUUAUGGGUGUUGCGUUUAUUGUUGCACAAUCUUCAGGUGUUAUUGAUGCUUCUCAGCUAAUGACGUCCGCAACUAGUGGACCUCUUUUAGGAGUUUUUGUUUUAGCUAUGUUUUUCCCAUCAACGAACUGGAAAGGUGCUGCUGCUGGUAUGAUAUCUAGUCAUUUGAUGACCCUGUUUAUUGUACUUGGAUCGUUAUCUAUCGCCAAAGAACCUAAUUAUCUGCCAGUGUCCACUGAAGGGUGUACGAAUACGACGUUCUCGCCACACAUUGAGCCGAUUUUUGAUAUCCAGUAUAAUCAAUACAAAAUGAGCUUUUUGAAUAAAACCCACGACGAAAUUUCCAGUGUCCUGUCGACGCCUGAAGUCGAUUCGUCCUCCACAGACGAUAUACUGACAAUGUUGUACUCGAUAACGUAUAUGUACUACUCAUUAUUGGGCACAUUUGUAUUAGUCUUCGUCGGUGUCAUAGUCAGCUACAUGACAGCCAUACGGACUCGUGAUGACAUACAAUAUCAUCCACUUGGUUACGAACCGAUACUUUAGAUUUUAAGACUAACCUUGUAAAAACAUGACUAAAUGCCAAUGUUUUUCUUUAGUUAUAUUUUUUUUGUAUACUGGGUGCAUCAUUGUAGACCCAGAAUCGUUUUCGUUCAUUUAUCAUUUUUUUUAUACUUAAUAAGAUGUUUGUUUUUGUAAUAAGAAUAAUUAAAAUUAAAGUAUUUUUGAUUAUUGAUUGUAUAAUUGUCUCUCCGUUCAAGUCGAUAAAAGAAUUAAUUAAUGUAGGUACUGUCCUUUAAAUGUCCUCUAACUGUUUUUUCACAUUUAUAUAUUAUGUAUCAAUACGCACAUUUUUAUAAGAAAUAAGUGUUGAAUGGUUCAUUCAACGCUCAUUUUACUAGGUAGUUAAUUUCUCCGAUUUUUUGUUCAAAUUUAACAACAUCCCCUAACCCACAUUUAACUUACCCUACAGUAGAGUGAUGACCACAUGCCCACCAUUUUUUAGUUUGUAGAUUUAAAUAAUAAACCGAAAAUAAAGCAAAUCAAUAUAAUAAUAAUGUUAACACUAAAAGUAUUC